GUCGCCGCUGCUGCUGGUGCUGCUGCCGCUGCUGCUAUUGACACCGCGACGGCGACGACGACGACGACAACGAGCGUGAAAAAGAUGGCGGCGCUCAUCAGGCAUGGCUCGUUUAUCAGCGCGUUUAAAAGUACAUCGGCUAUCCUCGCCGCCAGCACGGUGACCGCGCGUCGUGGAAUCGCCCGGUACAAGUACAAGAAGCCGAGGAAGCCAACGGUGACGGUGAAGGCGCGGAUCGACUCUGCCGGGGUAUCGCUCGCCGCCCGCGGAUUUCUGAGAUCGCAAAAGUCUUACACACCCCCGGAAAACGUAGUCGAGAGAAUCGACAGAAUCUGCGAGAGUCAAACCAUCCUCGUGAACGAUGACACAAAGCUCGAGGAUCCCGUUCUUCGCUUUAAGCUGUUCGUCGCCUGCGAGAAGGAGUUUAAGCAUUCUGUCCCCAACUCGUUGCUUUAUACCAUCGAGAGUAUCGGGGAUCUGAAGCAAUUUUAUUCGACAUCGGUAGACAGCACGACGCCAUACGAAGCGCUGAGUAGAAUAGAUUUGCCCAAGAAUUUGCACAUUCAACAGAAUUAUCAUCGAUUCCAUCCGGAUACCGACACGAUGUUCAACGGCAAAACGGCGUUCCCGAAAAGUUCCACCCUCGUUACUGGUUUGAAAUAUAAGAAGAAAUAUUCUGGGCAUACGCAGGACAAUCCAUGGUUGGACGAGCAGAUGAAGAUCUAAGGGAUCAUUGUUGUAAAUUACAAAAACAAUUGCAAAGUUGUAUUAUGUAAAGAUAAUAAACUUAUUAAACACAAUCA